AUGCAAUCAACAACACUUAUUCAUUGGCUUAGUCAAUUGACUGAACCUGAUACUGAGAAAGUAAAACAAGCAACAAAACAAUUACAAAAUCUUUCGUUAACAAAUGAUUUUCUUCUACAAUUAUUUCAUGUAUUACGUUCUGAACAAAAUGAUCAAAUACGUAUAUUAGCAUCUGUAUUACUUCGUCGUAAAAUAACUAAAUCAUCAGCAACAAUACCUAAAGAUAUUCAUGAAACAUUAAAACAUCUUUUACUUGAACAAAUACAAAUUGAAAGUAAUCAACGUAUACGUAAAUCAUUAUUUGAAUUAAUUGGUACAAUUGCUAAACAAGAUUUACAACAUGAAGUUGUUGAAAAGAAAAAGAAAUCAUCAAAAAAACAAAAUAAAAAUGAAGUUACAGGUGGUUGGAAAGAAUAUCUUCAUCUAUGUGGUACACUUGUUCAAUCAACUGAUUUAAAACAACUUGAAUUAGGUAUGCAAUUAUUUGCUACACUUGCAACUUAUUGUGGAAAAUUUGUACUCGAACAUUGGCCACAUACAUUUAAUCUUAUCACAACAAUGUUAAAAACAAGACCAUCAACAGUUGUUUGUGAACAAGCAUUAAUUAUUUUAACAAGUCUUGUUAAAGUACUUGAACAAAAACAAUAUGUACAAACUAUUGCUGAUCUUGUACCUCUUGCAAAUGAAACAAUACAACAUCUUUUUGUUAAUCUUAAGGCUGAAAAUACAACUAAUCUCUUGGAUUUUUAUGAAGCAUUACUUGAUUGUGAAUUACCAAAUGUUAUUGGAGCACAUCUUCAAAGUAUUAUUUCAACUUGUCUUCAAGUAGCUUUAAGAAAUGAUGAAUCAGUUCUUGAAUCAGUACGUUAUAAUGGUUUAAGUAUAUUAGCUGAAAUUUGUCGACAAAAGAAAAAAGUUUUAUUAAAAAAUCAAGCAAUUCUUCCACCUAUUAUUCAAGCAUUACUUCAAAUAAUUAGUUUAACAUCAAUUGAUGCUAAUAGUACUACUGAUGAUGAUGAAGAUGAACCAGUUGUUGUUGCCGGUGCUAAUCAUGUACUUGAAGCAAUGUCAUAUCAUUUAUCUCCAGAAAAAUUCGUACCAUUAGUUAUUGCACAAGUUGAACCUAUGUUACAAAGUAGUGUUGCAAAUGAACGUAAAGCUGCUUAUUAUGUUCUCUCGGGUAUUAUUGAUGGUUGUUGUGAUUAUAUCAAUAAUAAUUAUCUUGAACCAUAUAUGACAGCACUUAAAAUGGGUCUUCAAGAUCCAAGUUCUGACGUAUCAAGUGCAGCAUUAUUAGCAUUAGGUGAAACAUGUGCUGUUUUAGAAGGAGAAAUUUCGAAAUAUUCAGUACAAAUUUUACCUAUUCUAAUGGAACUUAUGAUUAAACCAGAAAAUAUGCAAAAUCAUAAUCUUAAAGUUAUACGAAUUUAUUAUGCUGUUGAAGAAAUUAUUGGAGUAUUAAAUGAAGAACAUCAACAUACCAUACCUGAAGUACUUCGAGUUUUAUUUCAUGUUCAUGCUUCAACAACAAAUACAAAAGUUCGAGAAUUAGUCCUUGCUGUUUAUCCAGCUAUUUCGAUUGUAAUGAAAGAUAAAUUUGCACCAUAUCUUGAACCAGUUAUAACACAACUCUCACCAAAUCUAAGUCAAAAACCAAAUGCAGAAUCUUUACCGGUAUUUUGUACAUCGCUUAAUACACUUGCUUCGCUUUGUCGUGCAGUUGGAACUGAUCAUUGUAAAGCAAUUUUAAUACAAGCAUUAGAAUUUUCACUUAAUUUAUAUGGUGAAAUUGAUGAACCUGAAUUUCGUUCAGCUGUAUUUGCUCUUGGUGGAGCAGCUAGUCGAGUAUUAAAAAAUGAUUUUAAUUCAGUUCAUAUUAGUAAAAUUAAUGCACAUAUCUUUGAAUCUCUUCGAUCACUUGAUUGGAUUGAAGAUCUUGCCGCAACUGAAACUCGUAAAUUAGAAUGGGUUGAAGAAGAAGAAAUUGAUACUACAGCAUCUGGAAUUAAUGAUAUAGCAGAAGCUAGUGGUAAUGAAGAAAAUGAUGAAGAUAAUUCUGAUAAUGAUGAACUUGAAGAUGAACGAAUGACUAUUGAAAAUGCUCAUGUAGAAGAAAAAGCAGCUGCAAUAGAAGCAUUAGGUGAUAUUGUCGAAAAUUGCAUGGUUACUGUUUGGGCAAACUUAAAAGAUAUAGUUGAACAUAUAAAAAAUAUGUUAGAAUUUCCAAAUCUUCAAUGUUCACAAAAUGCAGCUACAGCUGCAGGAAAUCUUCUCAUAUCAAUUCAUAAAAUGACAACACAAACACAAAUAACAAAUGAAAAACAACUUGUUCAAGAUGAAUGCGAUCGUUUAUUAAUUGAUUUUAUACCAACUUUAUGUACAAUCAUAAAUACAUCAUCAAGUCGUUCAAUGGCACAAAUAACACUUGAUGUAGUAAAAUCUAUUUUAGAAGAAGUUAAAUUAGAUAUGCUUAAACAUGUAACAUUACUUGAAAAAAUUGCUUAUACAAUUCAAAAAGUUCUUAAUUAUAAAACAAAAUGUCAACAAGAAGAUGAUGAAGAUAAUGAAGAAAGUGGUGAUGGUCGAGAACAAGAUGGUGAUGAUGAUGCAGAAUAUGAUGCUAUGUUAAUAUCAACUGGUGGAGAUCUUCUACCAAUAUUAACAUCUAUUGCAUGUACUGGUAAAGUUGCAUUCUUACCUGGAUAUCUUCAUUCAAUUAUUCCAAAAUUACAAAAACGUCUUAGACAUCAAGCAAGUGUAUCAGAUCGUUCAUUUGUUAUUGGUGUACUCGCUGAAACAGUACAAAAUAUGAAUGAUAUAUUGAUUACACCACAUUUACAAUCACUUUUUACAAUGUUCUAUCAAUAUUUACUUGAUGAUGAUGAUGAAGUACGAACAAAUGCAUGUUUUGGUAUGGGUAUUCUUUGUGUAAUAGCUAAUCAACAAUUAGUUGGACAAUAUGAAACAAUAUUAAGUCGUCUCUCUCAAGUUUUAAUUAAAGAAACAAAUAUAAGAAUGAUUGAUAAUAUAUGCAGUUGUCUUUGUCGAAUGAUUGUAGUCUCACCAAAACAUGUACCACUUGGACAAGUUUUACCAGUUAUUUUUCAACAUUUACCACUACGAGAAGAUUUUGCAGAAGCUAAUUCUGUAUUUACUUGUCUUAGUUUAUUAUACGAACAGUAUUUUACUGAGAUUGAACCAUAUCUUCCAAAAUGUAUUGAAAUGGCAGCAUCGAUAAUUGAUGAUGAACGCGUUUUACCUGAUGCGGUUCUAAUUAUUCGAGAUUUUCUCCGAUCAAUCUAUACAAAACAUAGUGUUGCUUUUGUUCAAGUAAUGCAAACAUUAAAUGAACCAUUGCGUGUUAUUGUUACAAAACAUCUUCAAACAAAUUAA